AUGAAUGAAUUGUUGUUGACAAAUCAAUUGGUAUCCUCUUUUUCUCUGAACAAACCAGAUGUAACGACUCAGUACAAUCUAAACAACUUUGACAACAUUAAUGCCAGCAGUAAUUUUGUUAAUACAAACACCAAUAAACUAAGGUUGUCUGACAAACAAAGGAAGAGGACUUACAGGAUUGGAUUAAAUCUGUUUAAUAAGAAACCCGAAAAAGGGAUAUGUUACCUUAUAGAAAGACAUUUCCUGGAUAAUCGACCAAGUGCUGUAGCUCGUUUCCUGAUUGCUCGCAAAGGUCUCAGCAAACAAAUGAUUGGCGAAUACUUGGGCAACCUUCAAAAACAGUUCAACAUGGAAGUCUUAAGAUGUUUUGCUGAGGAGAUUGAUUUGACAAACAUGCAGAUAGAUGUUGCCUUGAGGAAAUUUCAAUCAUAUUUUAGAAUGCCGGGUGAAGCUCAAAAAAUUGAAAGACUCAUGGAGGCAUUUGCAAGUCAGUAUUGCCACUGCAAUCCAGAUAUUGUGAAGUCCUUCCAUAGACCAGAUACUGUUUUUCUACUGGCAUUUGCAACCAUUAUGCUCAACACUGAUCUGCACAAUAAAAGCAUCAAGGCUGAUAGGAAGAUGAAACUGGAAGAUUUCAUAAAGAACCUCAGAGGUAUCGAUGAUGGAGAAGAUGUUGACGGUGACAUAUUAACUGGAAUAUAUGGAAGAAUUAAAGAUUCAGAAUUCAUUCCUGGAGCUGAUCAUGUUUCGCAAGUUGCCAAAGUAGAACAGAUGAUUGUUGGAAAGAAGCCACAAUUAGCGGAACUGCAUCGUCGUUUGGUUUGCUACUGUCGCUUGUAUGAAGUUCAAGAUCCAAGUAGAAAAGAAAAGUUGGGACUGCAUCAAAGGGAAGUGUUCCUCUUCAAUGACAUGAUCAUGGUUACAAAGAUUAUCGGUAAGAAAAAGAAUUCAGUUCAAUACAGCUACAGGUGUACAUUCACACUCUCUGGAAUGAUCGUCUACUUGUUUGAAUCUCAAUAUUACAAAUUCGGUAUCCAGUUGAAAAAUGGCAACAAUGGCAAAGCAGGCAUCAUGCUGAAUGCUCGCAAUGAGCAUGACAGGACGAAGUUUGUCGAAGACCUCAAAGAAGCCAUACUAGAAAUGAACGAAAUGGAGGCACUGAGAAUAGAAGAAGAGCUGAUGAAGCAGCAGUUGAUGAAGCAGAAGCACUGCACCUACAACAGACACAGUAAGGAUUCUGGAGUCGUUGACAUUGAGUUAUUGCGACCUUCAGAUUUUGGUAACAACAGGCUUUCAACUGCAGGGGAUGGUGCAAUUCGAGUUAGCAGCUCUCCUUCAUUGCCAGAUGUAGUAGAGUGUAAGCAUAAUUCAUUCAAAUUUUUAUGUCAAGUUAAUUUUUUAAAUAUAAAAAUUUGCUGUUUAAUAACAAAAAAAACUGAACAAAUAUUUGUUAGUGCCACAAUUAAUUUUUGUAGCUCAUGA